CUUUGACAAGUAAUAAUAAGGUAAAUAAAUCCUGGACAACCAAUGCAAACACUAGAGUUUCAAACUUGUAGAGAGCUCUAAGCACCAACCUGUUUGCAGAAACAGAAACACCUCUUAGUCGCCCAAUAAUUCUUGCUCUUGCAAGCAGCACAGCUCCAGGAAGCCUCUCAUUCGAACUCAAACUUUGCCUGCUUGAACUGCUUACACCGUCUGCAUUUAAACCAUUGCUCGAUACAAACUAGCAGAUACCUUGGUCAAACCGCAUUGAUGCACGCCCCUGAUAAAGCCAAUCAAUGCAGAAUUACUCAUAGACACUCAAUAACGAUAAAGAAGGUAAUGAUACAAGCUCAAUGCACCCAAUAUAAGUAAUUCCAGAGAGGAAAAGUAAGUCAUAAAAAAGAGGUAGUAUCAAACUACGCUUCCUUUUCAUGUAUAGGUUAGUGGCCAAAUUUUACUUCAAGUUUCCUUUUCAAGGACUAAACUUGAAAGAGUCCAAUGCCCUCAAUUGUGCAAAGUAUGAAUAGGAUCAGAUGAAAUUUCAUCAUCCCACCCCUCAUUUUCCUUUGCCAAACAUCUCUUUCCAUCAACUAGAAAAAAGCUUUUGGUAAAAGACAAUUUCAUAUAUAAAAAGUAAAUCUUUUGGGCCACAGGAAACUCCUGACAAUCCCACCAAACUCCCAAAUAAACGUUUUUUGGCCGUUGACGCGUUUGUGCAUUGUUCUUAAGCACGACCAAAAAAGCUGCAGAGUAUAGAAAAAAAGACAAAAAAAAAGAAAAACCCAUCUUUGAAAAAGCAAUUAUUAGAAGUCUGAAGAAGAACAGAGAGCCACAGAAUUCAAUAAAAAAAAAGUUGAAAAGAGAAAAUAUUGGAUAAUAGUAAAAAAAUUGUUGAAAGAAGAUCCGUAGAUGAAAGGAAAAGCGAAGAGCUCGAAUAGAAGGCUAGGGCUACGAACUGCCCUUCUGUUGUGCUCUCUUUCAUUCCUUGCUGGCUUGUUUGUUUCGAUCUGUGUCUCUCAGGAUGUGCCGAUUAUUAGACCCAGGCUGAGAAGGCUGGAGGUGGUGCAUGUGGAGGGUGGGGAGCAUCGUGAUCCGAUGCCAAAUGGAGUAACCGGGGAGAGUUCGAUCGAAUCUAUUCCAUUCCAGUGGUUGAAGUCUGCUAGGAACAUGAUAAACUGCCCCAAUGGAAGACAUGUUAAGGAAACAAUAAUUUUAAGUUGGAAACCACGAGCUUACUAUUUUCCCAACUUUGCAACCGCAGAACAAUGCAAACAUGUAAUUGAAAUGGCAAAGUUAAACCUUAAACCAUCUACUUUGGCUUUGCGCAAGGGAGAAACUGCAGAAAGCACUAAAGGAACUAGAACAAGUUCGGGAACUUUUAUUAGUGCAUCAGAAGAUAAAACUGGGACCUUGGACUUGAUUGAGAAAAAAAUUGCGAAGGCUACAGGCAUCCCACUGAGCCAUGGAGAGGCAUUUAAUAUUUUGAGGUAUGAGAUUGGACAGAAAUAUGAUUCUCAUUAUGAUGCAUUCAAUCCAUCUGAAUAUGGUCCACAAUCAAGCCAAAGGGUUGCAUCAUUCUUGUUGUAUUUAUCUGAUGUAGAAGAAGGUGGAGAGACAAUGUUCCCUUUCGAGAAUGACAUGAGAAUCAAAGGCUAUGACUACAGACAAUGCGCCGGUUUAAAAAUAAAGCCACGAAGAGGGGAUGGACUUUUAUUCUAUUCACUCUUUUUGAAUGGCACAAUUGAUCGGACAUCUCUUCAUGGAAGCUGUCCAGUGAUCAAAGGGGAGAAAUGGGUUGCUACAAAGUGGAUUAGAGACCAAGAGCAAAAUGACUAAUAGAAGUUGCCGUAAAAUUCACAGAUUGUCAACGAUGUUAUUAACUUCAUAAAUGACUAAUAAUUCUUUACGAAUUCAUGCCCAUUUUCAACUU